UUAAUUAUAGUUAGCUAAAACCACCAAAACUCAUACAACUUAAUUUUUUAACAGUAAUAGUGUUUCUCUACCUUCCGUCUCUGUGCCAUUGUUUUUGGCUUUUUCCCUUUUACAAGAAUCCCUCUCUUUUGCAUUCUUCUAAUUCACACCAAACCAGCCGUUUCUUCUUCCUUUUUUUUUUUUUUUUUUUUAAAUUACAUUCUAUACACAUUGUAGCCUACGUCAUCUUCUUCAACCAUUGGGAUCUCAACAUUUCACUUACCCGCUGACCUCUAUUCAACCAACAGCUUUGUUUCCAAAGAUCUGAAAAAACUUCACAGAUCUCUGUUAAUCUCUGCCUGUUUCUUUACUUUCGUUUUUCUUUUUUUAAUUCGUAUUUGAUAAUGAGUUGGAGAUAUAAAGCUGGUCUAUUCUUGAUAGCUGCUGUUGUUAUUAUAUGGGUCACCUCUGCAGAAGUUACCCAGGGUAUCUUUACGGAUUACAAGCAGCCAUUUGCGGUGACUUAUCUUGGAGCUUCUCUAAUGGUGGUUUACCUUCCAAUAGCAUUUCUUAAGGACUGGAUAUGUAAGAUACUAAAGCACCGUUCUUCUAAAAGCGGUAAAGAUGCAGGAAGCCUAAAUGAGUGUUCUGAUGGAUUAAAUUCCCCUCUAAGCCAGAAAAUUUUUGAAAUGGAACUUCAGGGAACUUUGACCAGAAAAGACAGUGAAGCAGACCUUUCAUCUGAAGCAGAGGGAAAGCCUUUGGUUCCCAGACACAAAGAUGAUUUAAACGUGUUGAAACAUGACAAAGAGCUCACAACUCGAGAGAUUGCCACCUAUGGUUUCUAUAUCGCUCCAAUCUGGUUUGUAACAGAGUAUUUGUCAAAUGCUGCACUCGCACGUACAAGUGUUGCAAGUACAACAGUUCUGUCAUCAACGUCGGGACUUUUUACUCUCUUCAUUGGUGUGUUUCUGGGUCAAGAUACCUUAAAUGCUGCAAAAGUAGCAGCUGUCCUUGUGAGCAUGGCUGGUGUUGUCAUGACUGCAUUGGGAAAAACUUGGGCUGCAGAUGAGUCUCAACUAAGCACUUCCAUCAAUGGGAAGCGCUCUUUUGUUGGGGAUCUUUUUGGCCUUCUCUCAGCCAUGUCAUACGGACUAUUUACAGUGCUUCUUAAAAAGUUUGCUGGUGAGGAAGGAGAACGGGUUGAUGUCCAAAAGUUGUUUGGAUACAUUGGCCUGUUCACGCUUGUAGCUCUAUGGUGGCUUGUGUUGCCAUUGACCGCCUUGGGGAUAGAACCCAAGUUCACAAUUCCUCACUCGGCUAAAAUGGAUGAAGUUGUUCUUGCAAAUGGCUUUAUUGGAAGUGUCCUUUCUGACUACUUUUGGGCAUUAUGUGUUGUAUGGACAACUCCAUUGGUGGCCACGUUGGGAAUGUCGCUCACCAUCCCUCUUGCUAUGGUGGCUGAUAUGGUUAUUCACGGUCGUCACUACUCAGCGAUUUACAUCCUUGGUUCUGCUCAGGUUUUUGCGGGAUUUGUGAUAGCUAACCUUUCAGAUUGGUUCUCAAGGAAGUUGGGAUUAUAGCACUGGGUGAAAUCCCUGCGCUUAAAAUCAUACAGCCAUUCUUUCUGGGGCAUAUCUCCACCGUUAUGACUUAGAUGCCACACUGAUUUGAUGCUCACAAAUGAUAAGUUGUAAUUGAAUUGUGUAAAUGAAGAAGCUAGAGGUCUUAUAUUGUGGUGGGUAUGGUUGUGCUUGGAGAGCCCAAAUUGUAAUAAAUAGUUUUGGUGAAAAGAAAAAAAGAAAUUUGUUCUCUCUA